CGGACAUGGCUAAUGACCCAGAAUGAGACAAAUAUUGUCGGAAGCCACUUGGCGAUCGUGAAUUAUUUAGCAUGGAAUAAACAGUACGUGGCAGGCUUUUGCAUACUAAAUGAACAAAAAACUUUAAGAGAAUUGCUAUCAGCUUGCGAUUAGUUUAAUUGAUUUUGUAUUAUCAGCUGAAAAUUUGAACAUGUCAUUGCGCGAUCAUACAAAGUGACAGAGAAACUGCGUACGAUCGUAUAUUUUAUUGACAGCUGUGAGUUAUUUAUCACUUUUUGUUUUGGAUUAUCUAAAAUUUUAAUAAAAUGGGAAAUUCUAAGUCGAAAGUACGUAAACUAAGUCCAAAGACGCUUGCGGAACUUCAAAAAAAUGUAGAUGUAGAUAUAAGUAGGGAAGAAAUUGAGGAAUGGUUUCGUGAAUACCAGAGCAGUUUGGGGAAAGGGAUGAGUAAAUUAACCAUGAAGGAAUUUAAGGAAGUCUAUAACAGUGUGUUUGACGGGGAAGCUUCCGUGUUCGUAUCGCAUUUAUUCCGUUCAUUCGACGAAGACCAAGACGGUUUUGUGGACUUCAAAGAGUUCAUUGUUGGUUUGUGUGUCUCUGGAAGCGAUAAGGCAGAAGCGAAACUAAAAUGGGCAUUUAAGAUGUAUGACAUCGACGGAAAUGGUUCGAUAUCCCGGGAGGAAAUGACUAGCAUGCUUAAGGCUAUCUACAGAAUGAUUGCUACUGAUCUGUCAAGCACAAAAACUGACCUUCACCUCAUCGAGGACCUCGUGUCCGCCUUCUUUAAAUCAGCCGAUCGUAACCAUGACAACGCCAUCAGUGCAGAAGAGUUUGUCGAAGGUGUGAAGGAAAUGCCUGUAAUUCUACACCUGUUACAGUGUGACCCAGAUUCUGAUAGCGGUGAUUUCGAAACUAUUGAAAAGUUUGAUUCAUUGCAAGUUUCCGAGAAACAGCUCUCUUCAAAUAAAGGCGGGAAAAAAUCCGCGAAAGCUUCCGGAAGUGACAGGAGUACAGCGUACAAAACUCAGUGAUGUUAUCAUAACAGCAGCUUCUAUCAAAGUUUUUGAUGAUCUGUUUGUUCCGUUGUAAUCAUCAUUUGGAAAUACUCAUGGCCACGUUGUAAGAUGUUGAUUUAAGGACAGAGUUAUUUAAGAAAUGGUUUAUAACAUCCCUACGUGACCUAUCCCGACAAUCAUCACUCUGGAUAUCAUCAACUUGUAGUAGUAAACAAGAGUGAAAAAAAAAUCUGAAAAGAAUGCAGAUGAUUUUAAAAGUUUAGUUAAUUAUCAAAGACUGAUCUUUUCUAGUUGAAGUUGUUUUAUGACUAUUCAUAAAUGGAUUAAAAUUGCAUUUUUGCAAAAUCAGGGAAUUAAAUGCUUUGUUAAAAAAUGUCUGGAGAAAGUAAUUGUUACAGGUAGCAUCAAGUUCGUAAAAUCAUUAAGGUGUUACAUGUCUUGUGUGUUUGUUCUUCGUCAAAGACUCCUUUAAAACAAUUGCUGAUGCAAAUAAAAUAUGUAAUGUUCCUUUAUAGGAAA